AUGGGACCAUGGCAAAAAGCCAAUUAUUACACCAAUUCAUACCUAUCAUGGCAAUUUGGCACGUAUAGCCACCGGCAUCUUCUUCCUCGGAUUGCAGUUCUUCCAUAUUUCACUGCUGAUGAUCAUUAUCGCGAAAUACCAGCGAAUUUUCAACCGACGAAAUGGAAUCGUCAUCGACGCACC